AUGCAGUUUCCGCUCGCAGUCAUUGAUUGGUACAUUGAGCACUUUUUGCUCAGUGGUACCGCCACCGCCUCGCCCGUCUUCAGUGACCACGCCAUGGCCAUGCAAGCCCGUCAAUCCACUCGAACUCUGGGCUUUAUAGGGUGUUCCAUGGCCGAGAACGUAGCUCAAGGCUAUGUGUCUGUCGGGGGGAAGCGCCUAUGGGAGCCCUACGGAACCUCUGGCAUGGUUGUCCAAUCGUGGACAAACAGCAACUCCAACUCGUGGCGUCUCUUUGACCAACAGGCCGCCCGUUACGGCAAGCCCACUGCUGUAUGGGUACAGAUUUGCAUCUUUGCUCAGCAGGGGGUAACCUACGACGAGGUUAAGCGUCUCAUUGCCAAUGCAAGACAGCACGCCGCCCCUGGAGCAGAGGUCUACAUCACGGGUCAACCCGUCUACGAAGGUGGCAACACGUGCUUCUUGGCCGGUAGCAAGGGUCCUGAGCUGACCGAGAGUUUGGCCAAGCGAGCGGCAGAGGAUCCCGAGUUGAAUGUCAAGUAUCCAGGGCAGUUUGUGCUGAAGCCAGGCGAGGUGGCGGAUGGGUGUCAUGCCAAUACUGCUGGGCAGCAGAGCUCAGGAAGACAGGCGCUGGCUUAUUGGGGCUCAAAUGUCCAUGUAUGGAAUGUCCAUAGGCAUUCCAAGUUAAGGCCGGAUCAUCAUGGGCUCCGGGUUACCGAAAGAGCCCAAUUGAUUUGGGGAGGAUGUCCAGGGCCGGUGGUUCAUAAAAGACUAGAUUCUUCAUCCAAGUACCUAGCCUGCUACUUCUUGCUAAGCACACUCAGGUAG